CCAUGACUCAGAGCAGACAGAGCUGCCGGCGGGGAGCGCGCCGGCCCAUCAGGAUGCGCCCCGGCGCCCGCAGCCCCUCCGCUGGACGCCCGCUGCCGAGCUCGCCCCGGAUCGCGGCGCGGAUUUGCAUCCUCCCGCUGUGAAUGGCAUUCCCGGCCGGCCGGCCCCUGGCACGGGGGAGGAGUUUGCGCUCCCUGCUCCGGGCGAACUUGGAAGCGGUGGCCCCCUAGCCGGAUCCGGGCGGGCCGAUCGCUGGCUUUACCGCUCGCUGCGGCGCGGGGCAGGGCAGGGCCGGGCCCGCGCUAAACUCUGGGGGACGCCCGCCGGCUUCGCGGCCUGAGGAUUGAGAAAGGAAGAUGUCAGAAGCACGACAUGACAGCACAAGCAGUCUGCAGCGGAAGAAGCCACCUUGGCUAAAAUUGGAUAUACCAGUGACAGUUCCUGUGACAUCACCUGAAGAGCCCCUUGGUGUGCAGCAAAUUAAACGCCAAGUCUUUCUGAGAAGUGUUAGCAUGCCUGUUGAGAACACUCGGAUCCCCUCUCUGCCAAAUGAGGUGAGGAAGCCAAUGCUACAACGACAAACAUCAAUCACCCAAACCAUCAGAAGGGGCACAGCAGAUUGGUUUGGGGUAAGCAAAGAUAGUGAUGCCACUCAAAAAUGGCAAAGGAAAAGUCUUCGCCACUGCAGCCUGCGAUAUGGGAAGCUGAAACCUCAAGUCAUCCGGGAAAUGGAUCUGCCCAGUCAGGAUAAUAUCUCCCUGACCAGCACAGAGACCCCUCCUCCUCUCUAUGUUGGACCAUGUCAACUUGGCAUGCAGAAGAUUAUAGAUCCUCUGGCACGAGGGCGAGCAUUUCGUAUGGCUGAUGAUAAUGAUGGCUGCAGCAUGCCUCAUACACCUAUCACUCCAGGUGCCACAUCACUGUGCUCCUUUACCAGCUCACGGUCUGGAUUCAAUCGGUUACCACGACGGCGGAAGAGAGAAUCUGUUGCCAAAAUGAGCUUCCGAGCAGCAGCAGCUCUAAUGAAGGGCCGCUCUGUGAAGGACAGCACCCUCAGGAAAGCUCAGCGGCGCAGUUUCACCCCAGCUAGUUUUCUGGAAGAGGACACGGUAGAUUUUCCAGAUGAGCUGGACACCUCAUUUUUUGCUCGGGAAGGAAUCCUCCAUGAAGAGCUCUCUACAUACCCUGAUGAAGUAUUUGAAUCUCCAUCUGAAGCUGCGCUCAAGGAUUCUGAGGUGAAGCCUCAGGAUCAGGCAGACCUGACAGGAGGUGCCUUAGACAAAAAUGAACUUGAAAGAAGCCAUCUGAUGCUUCCCCUGGAGCGUGGUUGGCGAAAACAGAAGGAAGGGACUCUGCACCAGCCAAAAGUUCGCUUACGGCAAGAAGUGGUGAGUGUGAGUCCACAAAAGCGUGGCCAGCGCAUUACUGUCCCUGUCAGGAAGCUGUUUGCUAAGGAAAAGAGGCCGUAUGGACUGGGCAUGGUGGGCAAGCUGACAAACCGCACCUAUCGCAAGCGCAUAGACAGCUACGUGAAACGGCAGAUUGAAGACAUGGAUGACCACAGGCCUUUCUUCACCUACUGGGUCACCUUUGUUCAUUCACUUAUCACAAUCCUGGCAGUGUGCAUCUAUGGCAUUGCUCCUGUGGGGUUUUCUCAACAUGAAACUGUAGAUUCAGUCUUGAGAAACAGGGGGGUUUAUGAAAAUGUCAAAUAUGUUCAACAAGAAAAUUUCUGGAUUGGCCCCAGCUCGGAGGCCCUCAUCCAUCUAGGGGCGAAGUUUUCACCAUGCAUGAGGCAAGACCAGCAGGUGCACAGUUUCAUCAGUGCCAAGCGGGAGAAAGAGAAGCACUCAGCCUGCUGUGUGCGCAAUGACAAGUCAGGCUGUGUGCAGACCUCAGAGGAGGAAUGCUCUUCAACUCUGGCUGUGUGGGUGAAAUGGCCUUAUCACCCCAGCACACCAACACUGGCAGGAAACAAGAGGCAAUUUGGAUCUGUUUGCCAUCAAGAUCCCAGGGUUUGUGAGCAGCCAGCCUCCAUGGAGCCACAUGAAUGGCCAGAUGACAUCACAAAAUGGCCGAUCUGCACUAAGAACAGCGCGGGGAAUUAUACCAACCACCUUCACAUGGACUGCGUUAUCACAGGCAGGCCCUGCUGCAUUGGGACCAAAGGAAGGUGUGAAAUAACAUCCCGGGAAUAUUGUGACUUUAUGAAGGGGUAUUUCCAUGAAGAGGCGACACUCUGCUCCCAGGUACACUGCAUGGAUGAUGUCUGUGGCCUCCUGCCCUUCUUAAACCCAGAGGUCCCUGACCAGUUCUACCGCCUCUGGCUCUCACUCUUCCUCCAUGCUGGGAUUCUGCACUGCCUGGUUUCAGUCUGUUUCCAGAUGACUAUCCUGCGGGACCUAGAGAAACUGGCGGGUUGGCAUCGUAUCUCUAUCAUCUAUUUGCUCAGUGGCAUCACUGGAAACCUAGCCAGCGCAAUAUUCCUGCCAUACAGAGCAGAGGACAGCUCUCCAACGCCAUGGCAAAAAUCACCCAAGGAACAGAAUUUACUCGCUGCCUGUUGUCGUCUUACUUCCUACUACUCUGCCUGCCAACACAGGCCACUCCUUCCUCCGCACAGAGGGAGGUAUCAGUAUGAGUUUCACAAGCUGAGAAGCUGGACAGAGGAUGCAGCAACAGAGUAGGAACUGAAAGUCAUACAUAAGGGAUACAUCUUGAAGGAAAAGUAGAAAAGUGGAAGGUAGAGAGACUUGAGAUGGCCUUUACGUCUCCUACGUCACACCUCUUACAUCUUCUUUUCCUCCUCAUGUUGCUCUGCACUGCACUGACCUCCCUCCUUCCCAGGUCUGAUCUCUCUGCCACACUGCUGGGGGCAACAAAAAGAACUGGAACUCUUCACUUCCUUUAAAGCUUUGGGAACAAAAAAAACUCACCCACAACUACCAAGCAUAAUGGAUGAAACAUCAAAAACACACUAUUACUUCAUAGAAGUAAAGCAGAGAGAAGAAUUUACUGUCAAUUUUCUGCUACUGCAAGGACAGAAAGUAAGUGAGAUCCAAGGAAUAGGACCAUACCUUCUACUAACAAAAGGCCCUCCCACAACCCAUACCAAUGUCACUGUGAAGUAAAAUUCCUUCCUGAUCCCAAAUGUGGCGAUCAGCCUGACCCUGAAAGCAGAUCAGGAACAUCUUGAUUUUCUUGGAGUCCCAACAGGAGCAUCAGCACACCCCGUCAAAAUCCCCAGCCCUGGCUGUGGCCAACACCAAAUGCCUCUGAGGAAGCACAAAAAUCCUGUAGCAACAAAUUCCUCUCUAGCUCUAUGGGGCUACAAAGAAGCUCAGAAACGUAGGAUAACCAAACACCCUAUACUCUGAAAUACAAACUAAACUGCAAAACAACUUCAUGCAUCACAUACCCAAACUGGAGCGCCAGAACUCCCUAUUUUACCACCCUAUACCCUCCACAAAUUUAUCCCAGCAACUUUAAUCUUUUAUAACUAAGCAAGUUAUGGAACUCUGCUUCAUUCUCCUGCUUCUGAGCAUGAUCCUCUUCAACUACUAACUGCUCUAGGCCAUAGAACAGUGUGGGCAAAAUGCAGCCCGCCAGGCCAUUCUAUCUGGCACGCGGGGCCCCUAAAAAUUUUAGAAAAUUAAUAUUUAUCUGCUCCUGGCUGCCUGUCAUGUGGCCCUCGAUGGCUUGACAAAAGUCAGUAAGUGGCCCUCUACCCGAAAUAAUUGCCCACCCCUGCCAUAGAGCUCUUUGCAUGGUCUCUGACUGAUGCGUGCGUCAGGCUUUCUUGGCUUCCAACUGUUGCUCUUCAAAGUAUACUCCAAGCAUUUCUGCUCUUAAGUCAUCCGUGACCACUGUUUUUCCAACUUCUGCGUGAAAACUUCCAAUCAUCAACGGGUUAUAAAAAAACCUAACCUCUCUCUAAACACACACAGUUGUUCAAAACUUGUUACUGAAGUGGAUUUUCAAACUUCAAAUAUUAAUCGUAGAUAUGACCUUAACGAUAAAAUUUUGUUUUGUGAAACUGCAUUCAGUACCCGUAUAAUGAGUUUAGGGAAAGGCUGCUUUCACUACUAAUAUACACAAAGCUUGGUAGCAGCAGCAAUAUAUAACAAUAUGAUACAUUAUCCCUUGGUGCUUCUGCAACUUAGUUUUUCUGGAACCAGUUAAGAGCACUAAGCGGGGUUGCCUGUAUUCUAAGCAUUAAGCAGAACCGUGCUAAGCAAAACCCAUUUCCCCAUAGAAAUGAAUGUAAAUAGAGAUUAAGUGGUUACUGCCCGCCUGCCAGGGCUCCGGCCCCACGUUCCAGCCACCCCGCUCUAGGCCCACGCCAGUCCUGGCCCUGGGCAGUGGCAUGGGUCCCACAUUCGUGCCUGGCCCCCACUCACUACUUUUCACUACUGCCACCUCUCCCCACCCCCCUUGCCGGCGGGCCGGUCUCUCCAGUCCCACUUGCCAGCCUGGGCACUGGCACUACUGCUACCCUGCUCUGGGCACUGGCCCCUGCCGCCAGGCACCGAUGCCGGCCCUGCAUUCCUGCUCCCCCACUCUGGGGGCAGGCCCCAGCCAGCCCUGGCCCCGGUGUGGGCCCCACGCUACUCGCCUCUGUCACUGCCACUUCUCCCCGCCCUCCUCCCCCCACCUGCAGGCACCGGUGCUCCUGCCGCCCUGCUCUGGGUGUGGGCUUCCACUGGCUCUGGCACAAGCCCCACACACCAGCGCAGGCCCCAUGCUCCUGCCUCCCACCCUGGGUGCAGGACCCUGCUGGCUUGGGCACUGGCUUGGGCCCCGUGCUCCUCCCCUUUUUUGCAGCCACUUAUCUCCACCCCCAUACCCGCUCUGGCACCAUGUGCCAGCCUGGGCCCGUGCUUCUGCUGUCCCGCCCUGGGCCCUCAUGCCUGUCCACCCACUCACUCGCUGCCGACACUACUGCUUCUCCCUGCCUGCUGAAACUCUGAUUCCACUGAGUGCUAUAGCGAAACUGGCUGAGCACUCAGUGGAAUUGGGUAUCAAUUCUAAAUGAGCACUAUAGUGAAAUAGUGCCAACUGAAACCGCAUUAAGCGGGGGUUGCCUGCACUGAGGCCUGGAAAAAUAAUGGAACUAAAGGUGUGAAUAUACAUGGGACACAGUAGCACCAAGUUGCAGUUUCAAACACUAGGAGUUUGAGAGCUUUAGCUUUAGAUUUGAAGAUGAUCCAGACCUAAGGCUUACCUCACAGGUCACUUUCGAAGCUUCUUUAUGAAGCAAACUUCAUCCCGAUUUCUGAUCCCAUACCUAAGAGAGAAAGGGCAGGGGUGGGCGGGACAAGAGAGUGGCGCGAGAGACAAGGGAACAACACAAGAGCAGAACGGGUGGAGAGUGCGCGUGAGAGAGAGAUAGAGGAAGGGGGGGGGGAAAAAAGAGGGAAAAAUUUAGUAGUACAAAAUGCAGGGGUGGGGACUAUUUCAAUUUCUCCUAUAAGUUUGGAGCUCAUCACUUGGAAAAAAGCAAGGGGGAGGAAAACCUGGUCUGACAGUCAAUCAUAGGAUGAAUGAGUUUGAAAUGGAAUUCAGCAAUGAAUAAAGGCAAAUAUGACCCUAGAGUGGAACAGGGUAUUUCUGGUAGAGAUAGGAAAGCAUUAAUGUUAUAGAAUGCACUGGUGAAACUAUCCGGGCUCAUGGGGCCAAAAGCUUGCAAAGAAAAAUAAUAAUUUUUUUGCUAUUUUCUAGUUGGUCUAAUAAAAGCUAUUACCAAGAGUUUUGUAUUCCUCUGUCUCAGGCGAACAUGGCUACAAAACAGAUCCUGAAACAUGAAAGAUGCCGUAUUUUAGCUGUUUUUGGAAUUAUAAACUUCACUGAUAAACAAAAAAGAUUUCUACAUCUCCCUGCCUUUCUGACACCACCAGGGAAGAGAAACUGCCUUAUCUGCACAAAGAGCAACUCGCACAAAGGGACUCUCAUGGACCCAGAGGAACAUACAUCCACCUUCAGCUUCCUCUGUGCAAAAUGAAGUUUAUUUUAUCUAAGGGAACUUUUACAAUCUCCGAUUUCUCCUCAGGCUGAAGAAGGGUAUGUGCGCCCAAAAGGUUGCAAAGAAUAUAACACUUAGUUGGUCUAAUAAAAAGGUAUCACCUCUGAA